AUGGUGAAUCAUGUUUUCGUUGCUGAUAACUCCCAAUUCCUUAAGACCCAUCACGAUAUUAUGGCUACCACUUCGAAUUCCAUCGCUUCUCCUCUGUAUCAAACAGCUCGAAUCUUCAAUGGACCAACUUCUUCUUACAACUUCCCAAUCCUCCAACAGGGAAGGCAUUGGAUACGUCUCUACUUCUUCCCAUUUCAAUACCAAGGAUACAAUAUGAGUAUGGCAAUCUUCUCUGUUACUGCCCAAAAUUUCAUCAUCCUCAGUAACUUCCAAACACAGAACGGUUCUGUAUUCAAGGAAUUCUCCCUGCCUGUAGUUUCAGACAACCUCGUCCACUCCUUCAUCCCUGCCGAGCAUUCCUUUGCCUUCUUAAGUGGCUUGGAAGUUGUUUCGGUCCCUGAUUCACUGAACACUGAUGAUGCCCAAAACUGUGGACCAACCAGGGAUAUUGCUCCUGAUUUUGUCUAUGGCACAGCCACAAAGAUGAACUAUGCAAAUGCAACAGUAGAACCUAACUUCAAUAUAACAUGGAAGUUCAAAGUGGAUUCUGGUUUUCAACAUCUGAUUCGAUUUCACUUCUGUGAUAUAGUGAGUAGGGCUCAUAACAUGCUCUACUUCAAUGUUCAUGUUAAUAGUUGGGUUGUUGCUCCAGAUCUUGAUCUUAGUUCUUUAACAGCGAAUAGGUUGGCUGCUCCCUAUUAUAUGGACUUUGUUCUUGGGUCAAGUAACAUAACCAUACUCUCUGUAAGCGUUGGGCCUUCUACUAGUGUUUCUAGUAGAAACCAGAAAGCGUUUCUAAAUGGGUUAGAGAUCAUGAAAAUUAUCUCCCCUCAUGGUUCAAAAAAGACAAGGAGGAGAAGGAGGAGGUUUCGUUUGAUUGUUGGUCUGGUUCUUGGGGUACUUGGGGUACUUGUUAUGGUUCUUGGUUACCAUCCUCUUCUUCAUACUGUACAGAAGACGACGACUAGCAUAUGA